GUUCUAGUAGCAAGAGCUAUAUAUGUACGAUCUAGUGCGAUGUCGUUGGUAAUAGUGUGUGGCACUGACAGUGAAGGGAAGAAAGUGUAUUGUAAUAAGUAGUGUGUUCGGUCGGGAUGAGGUGCACAAGCUGGAGCUAGUUUCGGGGUAUAAUCGGAGAAUUUCCCUCGUACUUCACAGUGGGGGCCCGUUUCCUCAGGACUGAGUAGUGCAAUAUAAUUCACCUUCGUCGUGUACCGAGGAUAAGAGAGAGGGUUGUGAUUUAAUGAAGAGCUGCAAUGUCUUCAUGGUCUCCAAGAGAUGGAAAUUCUCAGUCUGUUGUAAAAUCCAGAGUAAUUGGUGUCAGUAUUAAUGGCACUGAAACAGAUAUAGUUUUAAACGAAUAUAGGGAUCGAAUCUUCAUUGUACUCUCUCAGUAUAAGAAAUUUGGGUCCCUGAUUGCAGUAUGCAAAGAAUCAGCAAACAUUAAGAAUGGUUAUAGUGAAGGAUAUCAAGUUAGAAGUUCAUAAUUGAUUACUGUAAGAAUGGGAUAUACUUACCAUAUUUUAUAAGAUCUUCUGGAAAGUGACCCACUUCAGCCUUCCAGCAUGCCUUGCAGCAAGUGAACAAGUUUUUCAACAAUUUCUGAACGCAUCCUCAGAAACUGGAAAGCAGAACAAUUCUUGGGCAGGAAGAACCUGCCUUUAAUCUGGCUGCUCGCUAUUUAACAGAACAAACUCAAAUGACCAAACCAGCAUUAUAUUCUAUUUGUUUGAAGGACUGCAGCUUAUGGGUACUGGAAGCUAUAAAGGACAUUAUUUUGCAAAAUAAGAUGUGGUGAAGCUUGGUAAUGAAGUUGUUUUGAGCAUGAGACUUGUGUGGAGUAGUUCCUUUUUUAUUGUGAGACUGUAAAGUAAUAAGUGGUUAUAUAUUCAGUCAUCAUGAAUAGGUUUGGUCAGCUCAUUAUUGGACCACCAGGAAGUGGCAAGACAACAUACUGUCAUGUAGUGAGCAAGUUCCUUGAAAGCAUUGGCAGGAAAGUGGCAGUUAUCAAUGUUGAUCCUGCAAAUGAUAUGCUAAUCUAUAAGGCAGCUGUAGAUAUUUCUCAGCUGAUAAAACUAGAGGAUGCCAUGAGCUCUUUAACACUUGGACCCAAUGGAGGGUUGAUGUUCUGCAUGGAAUUCCUUGAAAAGAACAUGGACUGGUUGCUGCAACAACUAUCCAAUUACAAGGACCAUUACUUUCUGUUUGAUUGCCCUGGUCAGGUGGAACUGUACACCCAUCACAAUUCUAUGAAGAAUAUAACAGCAAACCUUGUGAAAUAUGGUUUACACUUGUGUUCAGUCCACCUUGUGGAUGCUCAUUACUGCAGUGAUCCUGGUAAAUUCAUCUCUGCAUUGCUGCUGUCCCUGUCUACAAUGCUACAGAUGGAGCUGCCACAUAUCAAUGUCUUGUCCAAGAUAGACCUUAUGGUUCAAUAUGGAAAGAGUUUACAGUUUGGAAUUGAUUUUUAUACAGAAGUACUGGAUCUCGGCUACCUGCUCGAAUGUCUUGAUGAAAAUCCCAUUACCCACAGGUACAAGAAACUAAAUGCAGCACUGGUGUCACUUGUGGAGGAUUACAGUUUGGUAACCUUCAUUCCUCUAAAUAUAAAUGAUCAGCAGUGCCUGUUGCGACUCAAGAAUACUGUUGAUAAAGCUAAUGGCUAUAUUUUUGGAUCUGGAGAGGAACGCAGCGUACAGGCAUUGCUUUCAAGUGCUGUUGGAGCAGAGUAUGAACAUGAACGAACUGGUUUUAUACGAGAUACAUAUUCAGAUGAUACACAAGAACAUGAUGCAGACUCUCUAUAAUUUAGAACUGUCCUUCAUGAUUGUCAGUUCAUAUUUUUGCUUCUAAAAUUGCAAUCAUUCUCUUAAUAUAGAAGUUCUUGUAAUCUUCCGGAAGUGUGUCUAGAUGUUUUGUGGCAUUCUCAACCAUUUGGAGGGCCUGAAACAAAAGACAGCAAUUGUCAGAACUGUGAUUCAACACUAUUAUUCUUUUGUCUUGGGUUUAUAUAAUAUCAGUAAAUGUUUAAUAUUAUGUAUUCGUGUUUCUUUUAAUGUGGAAGUAAUUGAUGUCGUCAAACCUAGUGUUUUUGUAUAAUUUCUGUAGACAUCAGUGCAGCUAUUGUCAACAAGUAAGGAUCCAUUUUAUUCAUCUUGAGUCACAAAUAAGUGGCCAAGAGAGUUCUUAUAGAUUAUAUUUGCAUUAUGUGUGAGAACAGUGAAGGGAGAGCUGUAUCAGCACAUUUUCUCAGAAUUCAACUUAUUAGUUCCAGUGAAAUCUAAACUUUGGAACUCACUGUGCUGAAUAUUUAACCUAUUCUUUCAUUUUUAUUUUAUAUACCUUUUGUGGUGAUUUGGAUUAAAGAAUGUUUCUAAAUGCUUGCUAAUUUUAUUGAUAGGGCUAUUAAUGUGCUUUUGUGUGAGUGCACAUGAGCAGCUUGGACUAUACUUGUGUCAGGCAUCAGCUGUACAUAAUGGAAUUUCGUAUGUUUCUCAAUGUAAAAAUCACUUCAUUUAGUGUCGUUUUAAGCCCAGUUACAUUAGUAAACAUCCUCUACUGAAAUUAUUCAUCUGUUUAGACUUUAAAUAAAUCCACUGCCCCCUAGGAGUAAAUAUUAA